AUGAAAGAAGCCCAGAUCGUCGGCGAGGCCCUCGCCCGGGUGCUCCCCCAAACAAAUAAGUGGUGGUUCCAACUGCCCCACCUGCUCAGACUAAACCUGCUGCUUCUCGUCCCCCUUCUGUCGUCCUCUGUUUCCGGGUAUGAUGGCUCCCUCAUGAACGGGCUUCAGUCUCUGAAGCAAUGGAACAGCUACUUCAGCAACCCCACGGGCACCAGGCUCGGUGUGGUCAAUGCCGCGCAGUCUAUCGGCUCCGUCCUCUCGAUCCCCCUGAUCGGAAGCCUGUCCGAUAGAUUUGGCCGCAGGCCGAUCCUGCUCACCGGUAUCAUUCUCAUCAUCAUCGCCACAAUCAUACAGGCAGCUUCCGUCAACUACGCCAUGUUUGUCGUCUCGCGCGUGAUCGUCGGGUUCGGAGGCAUGUUCGUGGUGCAGCCGAGCCCGAUGCUCAUCGCAGAGCUGGCGUACCCGACCCACCGGGGGAAAUACACCUGCGCCUUCUGGACCAUGUACUACCUGGGGGCCAUCCUCGCAAGUUGGACAACCUUUGGUACACAAGACUACGAAAGCGACUGGUCGUGGCGGAUUCCGUCGAUUGUUCAGGCCGGCCUCCCUCUCGUCCAGCUCGCCUUCUGGUGGGCAGUCCCAGAGUCGCCGCGGUGGCUGAUCGCCAACGACAGGGCCGACGAGGCCUCCUCCAUCCUCUCCAAGUACCACUCCGGACGGGACACCUCCGCCGAGGGUGCCGCGGGCGCUUCAUACACCCCGCUCGUCGAGCUCGAGAUCUCCGAGAUCGUGCAGACGCUGCAGAUGGAGAAGGACGCGGCGCGCACCACGUCGUGGGGGUCCCUCGUGGAGACCCCGGGCAACCGCAGGCGCACCCUCAUCGCCGUCUGCGUCGGCGUCUUUGCGCAGUGGAACGGCAUCGGCGUCGUGUCGUACUACCUGACCCUCGUCCUCAGCUCGGUCGGCAUCACCGACACCUUUGACCAGACGCUCAUCAACGGCCUCCUGCAGGUCUUCAACUUUGGCGCGGCGCUCAUGGCGUCGGUGCUCGUCGACCGGCUGGGCCGCCGCACGCUGUUCCUCUGGAGCAGCGUCGGCAUGCUCGCGUCGUACGUCGCCUGGACGGCCUGCUCGGCCGUCAACGCGAACACCGGCUCCAGGCCCGCGGGCAUCGUGGUGGUGGUGUGUCUAUUCGUCUACUACUUCCACUACGACAUCGCCUGGACGCCGCUGCUCCUCGGCUACCCGACCGAGAUCCUCCCCUACUCGCUCCGCUCCAAGGGCAUCGCGCUCGAGCUCUUCUCCAUCUAUGCGUCGCUCACUGUUGCCGCUUUCUGCAACCCCCUGGGCAUGGAAAACCUUGGCUGGAAAUACUACAUUGUCUUCUGUGCUUUGCUGGUUGUCUUCCUGGUUGUGGUAUGGUUCUUGUUCCCGGAGACCAGGGGCCACAGUCUGGAGGAGAUUGCUGUGAUCUUUGAUGGAAAGCAGGCAGCCCUGGUUGAAGAGGUGCCGGGCAAGAAGGAAUUCUCCUCGGCGCAUUUGGAAAAGGCGUCUGACAUUACCGAAGACGCAUGA